AUGUUUAAUAAGACCUCGUCGGUACAGAAACUGGUCAUUGCAUCGCCGCCGUCGAGCGAAGAUGAUGCCGCUGUCAACCACGUCGAGUACGAAAAGCGCAACCGACGCCUCAAUCGGCGCCUGGACAUCCGCAUCCUCCCGCUGUGCUGUUGGGUGUACCUACUCAACUUCCUCGACAGGGGCAACAUCGGCAACUCCAAGGUGCUCAACUCGGAAACAGGCGACGACCUGCUGCAGCAGACACACAUGACAGCGGGUGGCUACGCCGUCACCGUCUCGCUCUUCUCCCUCGCCUACACGCUGUUCGAGGUGCCCAGCAACUAUGUCAUGAAACACUGGGUGCGGCCGUCGCUGUGGCUGGCGUUCCUGCUGUUCGCGUGGGGCGCGUUGACGAUUGGGUUUGCCGGCGUGCAGAACUAUGCCACCGUUGUUGUGUUGAGGUUUUUGAUCGGCGCCUUUGAGGCCGGUUUCUUCCCAGGCAUCGUCUACUUCAUCACGAUCUGGUACCGCUUCAACGAGCGCGCCGUCCGCAUCGCCUGCGUCGUGGCCUUCUGCAAUCUGGCGGGCGCCUUCGGAGGCGCAAUCGCCUACGGUGUCGGUCACAUCAACGGCUCCGCCGGCCUCCAGGGAUUCAGGUGGCUCUUUAUUAUUGAGGGCAUCAUCACGCUAGUCUCAGCGUCCUUCUUGUUCUUCCUCCCUGAUUACCCUGCCCGCGCCAAGUUUCUGAACGAGUCGGACAAGCGGUUCGCAGAGGACCGGUUGAAGGAAAGAGGAGGCGGCUAUCUCAGGAGCCAUGCUUCGAGAAAGGAGGUUGUUGCGACAUUCUUCAGUCCGAGGAUGUUGGCGCAUUAUAUUGCAUACAUCGCCGACGUCGUCCCACAAGGCUCGUUCACAUUCUUCACACCGACCAUCGUCAACGGUCUGGGUUACACGUCGAUCCACGCACAACUCCUGACGGUGCCGCCAUGGUGCGUCGGCUUCGUCGUGGCAAUCACGCUAUCGUACAGUGCGGACCACUUCAACGCGCGCGGCGUGCACAUCACGCUGGCCUCGCUGGUCGGCGCCGUGGGCUGGCUGGCCGCGGGACUACUGCCGCCGGACGCAUAUGGCGCGCGGUACGGCUGUCUGUGCCUCGCAGCGUGCGGAGCGUUUCCCGUCGCGCCCUCGAUGGCCAACUGGGUCGCCUGCAACACGCCGUCGCUCCUGACCAUCCCCUUCGCUAUCGCCCUCAACAAUAGCUCCGCCGGCAUCGGCCAGAUCAUCGCCCAGUGGAUCUGGAAGGCCGACGAGGCCCACAAGGGUUAUCCCACCGGCAACUUCACCUGCGCGGCUUGCGGCUUCUUCGUCGCCGCCGUUACGGCCGGGCUGAGGCUGUGGUAUGGGCGCAUGAACAAGUACGGGGUGAGGGAUGCUAGUGGGGCAGAGAGGGUAUGGGCGCUGUAA